UCUCUCUCAACUGGGCACUCAGCGUUAGUGCUGGGCUGUUAGGCACUGUGCUCAUUGCCUGCCAUCACAGCACCUGCUUUUCUGCUCACGUUGCUUCACCUUCUCCUUCUGCUCAAACAUGAUGGAGAUUGGACCAAGAUGUCUCCAUUUGAUUCACUUGCUGGUUUUGUGUUUGUCUUUCUGCCUGCCAGGAGACACAAACACAAAAAAGGCCAUCAAGAUAGCCCGCUGUCCUGUGACCUGUUCUUGCACCAAAGAUAGUGCUUUUUGUGUGGAUACGAAGGCUAUUCCAAAGAGCUUCCCACCUGGCAUCAUUUCUCUGACAAUGGUGAACGCAGGAUUCACGACGAUUCCUGAGGGAGCUUUCUCGCAGCUUCACCUACUCCAGUUUUUACUCUUGAACUCCAACACAUUCGCCACCAUUUCGGAUGAUGCUUUUGCUGGGCUGUCUCACCUUCAGUACCUGUUCAUUGAGAAUAACGAAGUCCAAACUCUCUCAAAAUAUACCUUCCGGGGACUAAAAUCUUUGACUCAUCUAUCCCUCUCAAACAACAACCUCCAACAGCUGCCCAGAGAUCUGUUUAAACAUCUGGACAUCCUCACAGAUUUGGACCUGCGAGGAAACUCUUUCCGCUGUGAUUGCAAGAUCAAGUGGCUGGUUGACUGGAUAGAAAAGACCAACACUUCUGUUCCUCCCAUAUACUGUGCAAGCCCUUUUGAAUUUCAGGGUCGCAGGAUCCACGACCUUACCCCAAGGGACUUUAAUUGCAUCAGUGCAGAUUUUGCCAUUUAUGAAACGUUUCCUUUCCAUUCUAUGUCCGUGGAGUCUUAUGAGUUUGGGGGAGAUAUGUUUGCUGUCUUCUCUCAGCCUGAAUCAGGUUUCUGCACUCUUUAUGUGUGGGAUCAUGUGGAAAUGAAAUUCAGGACAUUUCAGAACAUUACCUGUAAGUUAUGGAGACAAACACGCCAAAAAUUACAGUAUUUUAGUUUGUCUAUUUUCUCUUUUAUCUGUUGUGCCUUUCUUAUAUGUGUUUUUGCAGCUCGUUCAGCUUUGUACUGCAAACCAGUAGUAAUAAACGACACGCUUUACAUGGUUGUGGCUCAACUUUUUGGUGGAUCUCACAUCUACAAGUGGGAAGAGGACCCUCUUCGCUUUGUGCAGAUACAAGACAUUGACACAACACGAGUGAAGAAGCCCAACUUUGUGGAGACAUUCCAGCUCGAUGGUGAAUGCUAUUUUGUAGUAGCAGACAGUUCGAAGGGCGGUUCAACCAGCAUUUAUCGAUGGAACAGCAAUGGCUUUUACUCCCACCAAUCCCUCCAUCCUUGGCACCGCGACACCCAUGUGGAGUUCCUCAACGUCGGAGGAAAGCCUCACCUCAUCCUCUCCAGCGCGACUCAACCACCAGUGGUUUACCAGUGGAACCGAAGUCAAAAGCAGUUUGAUUUCUUCUCCCAAAUCACAGAGCAAGCUGACGUGCAGAUGGUCAAACACUUCUGGGUUCGGAAGGCGCUUUAUCUUUGCCUCACACGCUUCAUUGGUGACUCAAAAAUUCUCCGCUGGGAAGGCCAGCGUUUCAUCGAGAUCCAGACUCUUCCCUCUCGCGGCUCCAUGGUGGUGCAUCCCUUCACCGUGGGCCUUCGGCAGUACCUUAUCCUUGGGAGUGAUUUCUCAUUUUCCAGAGUGUACUUGUGGGAUGAUCUCACUCAGCGCUUUCAGCCGUUCCAAGAACUCAAUAUGAGAGCCCCAAGGGCCUUCAGCUUCAUGUCCGUCGACAAUAAGGACAUAAUGUUGGCUGCCAGCUUCAAGGGCAAUUCUUUUGCCUACCAGCACCUUCUGGUUGAUCUCAGUGCAAAAUAGAAAUGUGAGAGACAAUGUGUUGUGCCAACAAAAAACAAAAACAUGCAGGAGUAUUCAGGCGCAUCUCAAUAAAUUAGGUGUGGAGAACUUUAUUUAUUCAGGUUAAAUAAUAAUUUAUUUAGGAAGAGAGGAAAAAAUCGAAUAAUGUAUUACUGCUGCUGCUUAUAGAUAAUAGAUCCACCCACACGCACGCACGCACACACACACGCACACACACGCACACACACACACACACACACACACACAUUCAAUUAUUAAUUUGAAUAAUUUUAAUGAUUAUAAUUUACAGAUAAAUCAUAUACUGUAUAACUAGUCUGGAUGAGUUUUGCUUUUUGAUUUAAAAAGUAAAUUAAAUUUUUCUACAAUUGUAAUUUAUUGAGAUGCACUUGCAGUGAGGUUUUGCUAUUUCACAGGAUGUUGUAAAUGACUAACUUAAAAAAAGUUUAAAAUAUAUUACUCAUAAUACCGCCUCAGUGCUAUGCUGACUGAAAUGCCAAAUCACUGUUUCUACAUGUAUAUUAUUGUUGAAAUGUAUGUGCAUUUAUUGAAUCAGCCACUAGAAAAUUAUGUUUCGUCUGAUAACUGGUAAAAGUGAUAUACUGAAUGUUAUGCAUGUAAACUUUUAAAAAGCUACAAUUAGACUGGUCAACAACAGAUUUGAUAAAAGGUGGCUUUGUGUGUCCCUAAGCACAUUUUGGCAUUUUGAUUUUUUUUUCCAGCACAUCAGUUUUGAAAAAUCGUAUUUAUUUAUUUUUGCUUUUAAAUUUGACUUUUAAAUAGCUUGUGCAUUGCCAUUUACAGCUAUGACAAGCAUUUGGUGUGCCAGAGAAAACUCGGGCAGAUAUGAAAACCAAGGAAAAGGUUUUCUUACAAAUCUGAUUAAAAAAUGAAAAACAUGUCAACCAUUGUUAUCAGUCCA